AUGACUUCCGCUACAAGCUAUGAUCUGGUCCAAAAGUUUAUCGAAACACAACAUAUUAAAUUUCUGAAAAUCCAAACUAAAGAAACCCAAAAGACCCAGUUCAAAAUCUACAGACGUCUUACUCGUAAUAAUACGCCAGAUACAGAAACACCCACUUUGAACUGUGGUGCCAUACUCAACAAAAGCGGAAAACCCAUACCACCGGAAGUCCAAACUCUGAUCAGCCUAGGCCCCAAAUUUGCGCUCCUUAUUAGCGACAACAUUAAAGCUCCGAUGUUUCAUAUGAUAGCCGAAAUAGAAGCAAUACUCAACACCAAAUCUGAUAAAACAAUCCAAGACAAAAAUCGCUGCGUAAUCGUCAAUAAAAUUCAAAAUUACCUGUACAGUACGCGUAUGACAGGUUUCAAGAACCCGGCUAUCUCUUUCUACAAAAAUGCAAUCAAAACCACAAAAAAAUUCAUCUCUGAUAAUAAGGAUAUCCUAAUAUUACAAUCAGACAAAGGAAAAAGAAUGGUUGUAAUGGAAAGAGAAGAUUACAAUAACAAGAUGCUUCAUUUACUCAACGAUCCCACCUACGAAAUUUUAAAUAAAGAUCCGACCAACAAAAUCGCCAAGCAAACCAACAACAUCAUCAAUAGACUACUCAUGCUCAAACUCAUUGAUAAAAAAACAGCAACAUUUCUUGAAUCCAAGAACCCAAUCCGCCCCUGCAUCUACGGCCAGCCGAAAGCUCAUAAACCUGAUCUGCCACUACGCCCGGUCGUCCCAAACAUCACCGCUCCAACAUACAAACUGGCAAAAUAUGUUUCUCAAAUCCUACAGUCAUCGUUCAAAAGCCAAUACAACAUCAAAGACUCCUUCCAGCUAGUAAAAGUUCUUCAACAAAUCAAACUACCGCCUGAUUACAUACUGGUGUCCUUUGACGUAGUGUCACUGUUUACAAACACCCCCAAACGUCUCAUAACACACGACAUCAUCAUGAACUGGGACACUAUUGGAAAAGCAACGAACAUAAGCCUAGAUCUGUUCAUCGAAAUAAUAGAGCUCUGCUUGGAGAGCUGCUAUUUCUGUUUCGGUAACAAGUUCUACCGGCAAAAAGAAGGAACUGCUAUGGGUAGCCCUUCCUCACCAAUUCUAUGCGACUUAACCAACUGGAUUACGUUCUACACACAUUCAAUUCAUACCAUCCAAAACUACAAUUCACAAUUGGAAGUGUCCAAAAACAACUGCAUCCCGUUCCUCGAUACCGUCGUCUCUAUGAACGAAGAUAGAACCCUAAACACCGAGUGGUACAGUAAAGAAAUUUCAUCCGGCCGACUGCUCAACUACUUCUCCUUCCAUCCACUCAACGUCAAACUUAACGUCGCUCGAAAUUUCAUCAAACGAGUGAUUAUGUUUGACACCAGAAACCAAACAUCGAAACAACACACCACCAUUCACAAAAUGCUCCGACUCAACAACUACCCCAAACAUCUCAUCAAUCGCCUGAUAAACCGUGAAUCAACCAUAGUCCAGAAAACUAAACAACUCAACCAGCAUCCACCUCCAACCACUCCAACAUCAUUCAUCCAACCGCAAAUAGCCGUCACUUCAGUAGAAUCACCAGCAAUAUCCAUCCAGCCGACAGCAAACAAUAACCAUCAUCACUCAACAACAGCAGAACAACAUACAUCACCGAUCACCACGUCCAGCCAGCACAACGACGAAUGCCUUCAACUCCAACAUUUUCCGCUCACCUAUAUUCCAAACCUGUCGAACAGCAUCGCAAAACUCAUCAAAAAUGAUUACGCCAACAUCAGAAUCGCCAACAGCAUUCCUAAGCCUCUUGGAAUAUUCCUGCCAAGAGUUAAAGAUCCGAUUGCCCCAUCCGAAACGCCGAACAUCGUUUACUCCAUCCCGUGUCAUAGCUGCUCCAAACAAUAUAUAGGAAUGAGCCGAAACAGCUUAAAAACACGGCUCGUUGGACACAAGUCUAACGUUAAAAAGUACGAGCAGCUAUCCGACAGAGGCAUUACCCGCACCGAUGCAGAGAUGCAGAGCAUGCGAGACAAUUGCACUGCUCUCAUUGCUCACAUCAUCGACGAAUCACACACAAUAGACUUAGACAACGCCAAAAUCAUCGAUAGAAGCCGAAGGUCCAGUUCUCUCCCGAUACUAGAAAUGUGCCACAUCUACACCAACACCAAUACACUAAACUUUAGGACAGAUGUAAACAAUCUUAGCUCUACAUACUCUAACAUUUUACAAAGUCUCACGAACACUCAAAACACCAAAUCCAAAAUAAAAACAAAUGUUAGUGACAUAAAUAAAACCAAUAACACCAAUACACAAAAUAAAAUCCGCCAUCAGUAA